AUGGUGAUGUUAAAAAAGGGGGAUCACUUCUGGAUUGACUCCAGUAUUGGGGUCCCUAUUGGAGGGUAUGUGAAGGUCUCAGCCAUUGGACAGUGUUGCCUGAUUGAUGAUGAAGGGAAGGAGCACUAUAUCCCAGAGGGGGAGAAGGCUAUUCUUAAGCCUAUGCACCCCACCUCAGUGGAGGGUGUGGAUGACAUGAUCCGACUGGGGGACCUCAGUGAAGCCGGUUUACUCAGAAACCUGCUGAUGCGCCACAGACAGAGCAUUAUAUAUACCUAUAUUGGCUCUGUCCUCGUGGCCAUGAAUCCCUAUCAGAUGCUGCCCAUUUACACGGCAGACCAGGUGCACCUGUAUCACGAUCGUAAACUGGGCGAGCUCCCACCGCACAUCUUUGCUAUCGCUGACAGCUGUUACUUCAACAUGCGCCGCAACAAACGCAACCAGUGUUGCAUUAUAAGUGGAGAAUCUGGUGCAGGAAAGACAGAAAGCACUAAACUGAUUCUUCAGUUCCUGGCUGCUGUGAGCGGGCAGCACUCCUGGAUAGAGCAGCAGAUCAUUCAGGCCAACCCUGUCCUGGAGGCAUUUGGGAACGCCAAAACCAUUCGGAAUGAUAACUCCAGCCGCUUUGGGAAAUAUGUGGAGGUCUACUUCAAUAAAGAGGGCGUUAUAGAGGGAGCUCACAUGGAGCAGUACCUGCUGGAGAAGUCUCGUGUCUGUCAUCAGGCACCUCAGGAAAGGAACUACCACAUUUUUUACUGUAUGUUAUCUGGGAUGCAAAGUGACCAUAAGAAGACUCUCUCUCUUGGUGAUGCAUCACAGUUCAAGUACCUGACUGAGGGUAAUUGUUUGACAUGUGAUGGUCGGGACGAUGCUGAUGAGUUUGGACGGAUUCGUGCUGCUUUAAAGAUCCUCACUUUCUCAGACAGGGACUGCUGGGAAAUCUUCAAAUUACUCGCUGCCAUUCUCCACAUGGGCAAUAUCGACUUUCAGAGCACCACAAUGAAUAACAUGGACAGCUGUGAUGUCCUGUCAUCCAGUCAUUUUUCUGUUACUGCCAAGUUGCUGGAGGUGGGUGAUGCUGUUCUUGAUAAGAGUCUUACCCAUCGCUCCUUCAUGACAAACCGAGAGAUAGUCACGAAACCCCUCAGCUCAGAGCAGGCCACAGCCACCAGAGAUGCUUUUGCCAAGGCCAUGUACGGAAGGCUGUUUGUUUGGACGUUCACAAAAAUAAACAGCGCCAUUCACAAACCCCAGACUGAUGAGUCCUCUUGCACGCGCACGUCCAUUGGUCUGCUUGACAUUUUUGGCUUUGAGAAUUUCCCUCAGAACAGUUUUGAGCAGCUGUGCAUUAAUUAUGCCAAUGAGCACCUGCAGCAGUUCUUUGUGAGGCACAUCUUUAAGCUGGAGCAGGAUGAGUACAGUAAAGAAGGAAUCUCAUGGAAGCGCAUCGCUUUCAAUGACAACCAGAAAACCCUGGACCUGCUGGCCAUUAAACCUCUCAACAUACUGGCUCUGAUUGAUGAGGAGAGCACCUUUCCUAAGGGAACAGAUGCCACAAUGUUAAACAAAAUGAACACAGAACACAAUGGAAACAAACUGUACAUGUCAUUCAAGGGCAACCAUGGCAUGAGUUUUGGGGUUAAGCACUUUGCUGGGAUGGUUUAUUAUGACUGUGAAGGUUUUUUGGAGAAGAACAGAGACGCCCUUAGCAUGGACAUCUUGGAGCUCGUUCAGAAAUCUUCCAACAAGCUGCUCAAACUGAUCUUUGAAAAGGAGACGAAUACAAACUCAGCCAAGAACAAUAACAAAAUCAACAAAAUCAUCAUGACGCCAAAGAACUCAUUACGACAAGUAAAUGAUUCGAGGCGGAAUAUAUCUACUCUCAGUGGCCAGUUCCGUCAAUCUCUGGACUCUCUUAUGAAGGCCCUGUCUCUCUGUCAGCCCUUCUUCAUUCGUUGCUUCAAACCAAAUGACAAAAAGAUGCCCAUGGUUUUUGAUAGAAACCUCUGCAUGCAGCAACUUCGCUACUCUGGAAUGCUGGAGACCAUUCAAAUACGCAAAUCGGGAUAUCCCAUCCGGCACACCUUCAAAGACUUCCUGCAGCGCUAUCGUGUACUCCUUAAGAGCGUGGACUGUGACCCCAACACUGAGCCUGCUGCCAACUGCUGUGCAGCCAUCUGCAGGGCUAUGAUCAAAGACGAAGAGGACUGGAAGAUUGGCAAAACCAAAAUCUUUCUCAGGGAUCAUCAUGACUCCUUCCUAGAACUGGAGAGAGAGCAAGAGCUUUACAAGAAAGCACUUAUCAUCCAAAGAGUGAUGAUCGCCCAUAAGGACAGAGCAAAUUUUGUAAAGAAGAGGAGGGCAGCUCUGGUUUUGCAGAAAAACUGGCGUGGCCACAGAGACAGAAGAGACUUUUGCAAACUCAAGCAAGGAUUUACUCGGAUGCAGGCAAAAGUGCGCAGUCGGCAGCUCCAUAAGGAGUAUAUUCGCAGACGGGCUGCAGCCAUCACUCUGCAAACACAGACCCGUGGCUACCUCGCCAGGAAAAACCUGAAACGCAAAAAAGAUGCAGUGAUACUCCUGCAGACACAGACCAGAGGCCUGCUAGCCAGGAAAGCCCUCAAGAGAAUGAAAACAGAUGCGUUUUUGACUGCACAAGAAAAAGAGGCUCAGGAACGUAUAGCUUUGGAACUUCAGCAACGCCUAGAGGAGCUGCUCAGAAAAAAUGAGGAAGCUGCCAAAUCCCAGAAAAAGGAUGAUGAGGAAAUGGUGGAGAAUAUCUUUGGCUUCCUUCCGAGCGCAGUAGGAGGACAAGAGGGCCCAGCUCCUCAGGGUUUUGAGGAUUUAGAGGCAGAGCCGGUGAAGUUAGAAGAGGUUGAAUUAGUAGAGAACCCUGCUUGUUUGACAGUAUGGUGGAUCAUACUGAGGUUUAUGGGAGAUCUUCCAGAGCCGAAGCAAGAACGUGUUUCUGCUAUAGCCGACCCCAUUCAGAUGAACCUUGGUCAGAGACAAGCACGGCGACUCAGUAACCUUGUUGGAUUAGAUCAGAAAUUUUUGAGAAAAAAAAUGAAGCAACAGAAGGGGACAGGGAAAAGAAAACACUCAACCAUUCCUGAAGAAGAGCCAGAAGAAGAACCAAAACCUAAAAUGCAGGCUGUUCAGGAGGAAGAGGAUGUACUGUUUGGAGAGAGAGCAACUUAUGAUCGUCCAAUGACACCAUUGGAGAAAUUGCAUAUUAUUGUAGGAUAUGCUAUUGUACGACAAGAUAUAAGAGAUGAAAUCUACUGUCAAAUCCUUAAGCAGUUAACAGACAAUAAGAACCACAAAAGUGCAAGCAGAGGCUGGACUCUUCUGUCCAUCUGUCUGGGUAUUUUUCCCCCUACGGACCGCCUCACUAAGUACCUGCAGAGCUUUAUACACUAUGGGCCAAGUGAAUACUCCUCCUACUGUGCAGAGCGACUGCGGAGGACUUUAGCCAAUGGAGAAAGAAGUGAGCCACCAUGCUGGGUUGAACUACAGGUAGGCAAGAACAAGAAGCCCAUUUCAGUAGCUGUGGGUUUGAUGGAUGGCAGAAGCAUCAGCCUCACUGUGGAUUCAGCCAGCACUUCUGCAGAAGUGUGCAGUGCGGUUAUCCAGAAAAUAAAGCUGCAGGACACUUACGGCUUCUCCCUAUACGCUGCAAUGUAUGAGAAGAUAUGGUCUCUUGGCAGUGGCAGUCAGCACGUCUUGGAUGCCGUGUCUAUGUGUGAGCAGGAAGAAAAGAGGCAGGGGAAAGAGGAACAACAUGCUCCUUGGCGCCUCUACUUCCGCAAAGAGAUCUUCACUCCAUGGCACAACUGUUCAUCUGACCAAGUCAGCACAGAGCUCAUCUACAAGCAGAUCAUCCACGGACUCAAAAGUGGUGAUUAUCAGUCUGAUAAGGAGGAUGAUUAUGUGCAGCUCGCAGCCAAACAUUACUAUGUACAGCAUGGCUCUGAAAGCAGUAUGCAAACCACAGAUAAGAUUGUCCGUGAGUGCAUGAACAUGACUUUAAUUGAGAACAAGUCUGUGGCCAAGCUAGUGCAGAUGGUGCAUUCUGCACACACACAGGGUUCUUACAUAAACUCUACUAAACCUGCCUUUGAAGUAAAAGUGGAGAUUGUCCAAUAUGCGCAGGAGAAGUGGCCAAUCUAUUUCUCCAAGUUAUAUGAAGCUCAAAUUGUUUCAGGUCCCUCAGUGCCUCAAGACAAGUUUGUAGUUGUUGUGAACUGGAAGGGGGUCUUCUUUCAGGAUGUGACAGAAGCCGCAUUUAUGCAGCUCUCUUAUCCUGAGGUGUCAGGAAUCGAAAUGAGUGAGGAAGAGUCUGGUGGGAUUGUGUGUUUGACGACUCCAAAGGGGAUGUAUGAGCUGCAGGUUGUGAAGGGAAAAGACUUAGUGGAGCUGGUCAACUUGUUCAUAUCAGGGCUUAAGAAGAGAUCACAGUAUGCUGUGGGAAUACAGGACCUUAUCAGACAAGAGGAUCCCACAUUGCUGAGCUACAGAAGAGGUGAUGUACUGUAUAUCAUAAAGGAUGGGGAGUAUUCUUCUGAAGAAGGCUGGAUCAAAGCGAAGAAUGAGAGGACAAAUCAAACUGGAGCAGUUUCCUUAGAUGCCAUUCGGAUUUUGCCGAUGUUGACCAGGCCAACAGAAGAGACACUGAAUUUGCUGAAUUUGACCCCUGCACGAAGAAAGUCAGUGAUGCCGGUGUUGCCGCAGAAGGAGGAGCUUAGCACAGAGAAAAUUGCCGUUGUGUCCCUUAAGGAGUUCUCUUUUGAUUAUUUCAGGGAGUCUAAAGAAGGUGGCCGGGGAAAAGGCGUGGCCAAAGAGAGACUGUGGGCCAACAGCAAAGAGCCUCUCAAACAGCCACUGCUCAGGAGCCUGCAGGGCAACUCAGAGCUCUGCCACCUCGCUUCUGACUGCUUCACAGCUAUCCUUAAAUAUAUGGGAGAUUAUCCAGUCAAGCAUGUGCGGACACCCAUAGAUCUAACAAACCAGAUCUUUGGGUCAGCAACAGCACACGUGGAACUAAGAGAUGAGAUCUACUGCCAAAUAAUGAAGCAGAUGACUAAUAACAACCAUGGGUUGAGUAUGGAGCGAGGUUGGCAGCUGUUGUGGCUAUGCUGUGGUCUCUUUCCUCCAAGUCAGUUGCUACUGAGACAUGCUCAACGUUUUCUGGAGUCCAGAACCAGAGAGCCUCUGGCGUCCACCUGCCUGCAGAGGAUGCAAACUAUGCUCAGUAUUGAGGGAAGGAAGUUGCCUCCUCACCAGGUGGAAGUGGACGCCAUUCAGAAUAACAGCACUCAGAUCUUCCAUAAAGUUCAUUUUCCCAACGAUACAUCUGAAAUAUUUGAGGUGACCACCACCACAAAGAUCAAAGACUUAUGCCGCAACAUUGCCAAAGACCUCCGGCUCUCUUCAUCAGAUGGAUACAGUCUGUUUGUUAAAACAUCGACGAAGGUAGUAAGUAUGGAUUCUAAAGAGUACUUUUUUGACAACCUCAGGCAACUCACAGAUGUCGUCAAAAAAGGAAAGAAAGUCAAGGAGGCUACUCCAGCUAUUGUCCCUUACCUGGUGCUCUUCAUGAGGAAGCUCUGGUUUAAUGUGAUCCCAGGAAAAGACCUAACUGCUGACCUAACCUUCCACUUUCCCCAGGAGUUGCCGAAGUAUUUGCGGGGUUACCAUAAUGUAUCUAAAGAGGAAAUGAUCAGUCUGGCAGGACUGCUGUUGCGUGUUCAGGUUGACACGGAUAAAUCACAGUUUGUCAUGAUCCCUAGAAUGCUGAAAGACCUGGUGCCAGCUGAUCAGCAGAAGAUCAUGACUCCUGAUGACUGGAAAAAGCACAUCAUCAAUGCAUACAACAAACAGGCAGGCAUAACUGUAGAUGAAGCCAAACUCCAGUUCCUGAAGACGAUCUCACAGUGGUCUACCUUUGGAUGUGUUUUCUUCGAAGUAAAGCAAACCUCAGAGAAGACUUACCCCAGUGUUAUUACGCUAUCAAUCAGUAAGCAAGGAGUUAGUAUCAUCAACCCUAAGGCAAAGGAGGUGCUUGUGAUGCAUCCAUUCAGUAAGAUCACUUCCUGGUCUAGUGGAAACACCUAUUUUCACUUGACCAUUGGCAACCUGGUGAAGGGCAACACUCUGCUCUGUGAGACCUCUGUGGGUUAUAGAAUAAGUGAUCUCCUGUCCUCUUACAAGGAUAUGUAUCUGAAUGAGAUACCAAGGGUGCGGAAAUCAAAGAGGAUCAACAUGUAGUACAAUUGUUUUUGUGGCAUUUCUUUUUUAGAUCUUUACCAUAAUGAUUGUACUAUGAAUUUGUUCAUGUAAUGUUUGGAGAAUUGCAUAAGUAAAAAAUUACAUUUAAUAAUCAUUAACUUCAUCAUCACAUUUUAAUAUGUAACAGUAACUAGUAUAGAUCUG